CGUCUCCGCCUGUCUUUCGUUUCUUCAAAACACAAAGAGAAUAUCGUGGUUUAGAGGCAGCUCUACCGCGCUAAAAUGGCAGUGUGAAGGCGUGCGGCGGCGAUCUUUGCAGCGGCAACAACCCGGCAGUGCAACGGCUAAGUGCACUGGCUAUUUUUGGCAAAAUGGCGUCUCUCUCGGCAACCACCCUCAGCUUUGCUGCUGUCGACAGCAGGACCGAACCCCUCGACUUGACCACGUCAACAGACUCACUUUUGUCUUCAUACACCUUUUCACGGCUAACACUGUCCAGCAGCAGCCAUGACACUCUCCCAGCUGGCCAUGGAGGACGUGGAGGACCUGUACUCAGGGCCCUUGUUUCUGAUGGCUGACCCCAUGGGGCCCCUUCUGGACCAAGAUGAAGAAGAAGCUCUUUCUCCCUCCUCCUCUCUAGAGGGGAAGCCAGCUUCGCCUCCCCUCUCUUUCUCCUCCCAUGCAUCCUCCCUGUCUCCUUAUCAGACCUUGUCGUUGUCCCCACCUCCCUCUCCUCCUCCCACCCAUUCCUCGUCGUUCCUGGGAGCCAAGGCCGGAACGGACUCGCUGUCCCUCUCCUGGCUCGGUGCCGGCGAUCUGCUCGACGCCCGUGUUGGAGCAGACAAUGGCGAGGCAGAUGAUGCUUUCAUGGGCAUGGACUGGAUGUCAGAGAAAAUAGACCUGAGUGAAUUCGACCUGGAUUCGCUCAUUGGCUCCUGCUCCUCCGAUGAAUCUCCCAGCUCUCCCGAGGAUCUCCUGGCCUCACUUGACUCCCACAUGAAUCUGGAUCUCGACUCCUUGGAGGCGACCAUCCCCGACCCACAAAGCAGCCUAGAGCUGGGCCUUUCACUGCCUCUAGAUCCCCCUCUCCCUGAGGCACCUGAGGCCAAGAAGACAGAGGUGGCUCCUGCUCAGGAGGUUGUAGUGAAGUCUGAGCCUCCCUCCCCAUGCCCCUCCUCUCCAGCCGACACACUGGAGCUUGGGAGUGAAGUGGAUGUCCUGGAUGCAGAGAAAGCUGUGACAUCCCUCACUGCCACCAUCAUCCCAGAUCCCAGUGGUAUCAUUCAAACACCCAGCCCCAUUGUACUCUCCAUUCCUUCCUGUCAUUAUCUGGUGCUGCUCGCCAAAAAAGAGGAAUCAUCCCCCGUUUCGCUCCCCGAUCAGACCAUCAAUACCUCUCCAUCAAGCGACAGCGACAGUGACUCUGGCAUCGAGUCAGUUGCCAGCUCACCGGGUCGCCUCGUCUCUCCUCCUCGCACCCCUUCCCCCACAGCUGGUUCCUCCAGGACCAAACCCUACUCCAAACCGGAGCCCACUGCUGCUUCCUCCCCCAAAGCAUCCCGGGUCAAAUCGGUGUCCGGCGCUCCCAAAGUGGUGGAGAAGAAACUGAAGAAGAUGGAACAGAACAAGACGGCAGCUACUCGCUACAGGCAGAAGAAGAGGGUGGAGCAGGAGCUGCUGCUCACAGAGUGUGAAGAGUUGGAGAAGAGGAACUGUGAGCUGUCGGAGAAAGCAGAGUCCAUCAGCAGAGAGAUCCAGUACCUCAAGGACCUGAUGGAGGAAGUCCGUAAGCACCGUCGUGGAAAGACCAGCUCAGUGGCUUAGACAACAGAAAGGUCAAGUGGCACAAUCUCUCAUCAAAGAGCGGAAAUGGAGGUUGAGUUUCUGAUCCAAUACUCACAUGUCCCAACAAAGAAAUCCAUUGUAGCAUUAGGAGUGUAAAUUGUAAGAGAUCGGCGUGUGAGAGUGGAUGAAAGAAACUUGCCACUGGACAGUAAUGAAGGAUGAAUGGCUGGAUGAAAAACGGAAAGCUCAUGGAAGUUGAUGAGAUUAGUAGUGCAGAGCAGGGGGCUGGGAGGUAGUCAGGGGAAGCAUCUGUACAUGCUGGUCUCUCAGUCCCCUGUUAGAUCCCUUUGUGUACUCCCCGUCUAAGACACUUGUACGAACAGGCAGAGUGUUUGUAGAUUAGGCAUGCAAAACGUGAGUCACCACGGUAGUGUUUUAGAGUUGUGACCCAUUAACAAGAUAAUCCCUCGCUCUCCUGGUAUCAAUUCAGAGCCCCACCCUAGAUCAGCUUUGGUGAAAUUAGUGUCAGUAAAGUGAGGCACCACCAACACGAUGCCACUCCUGUUUUAACCUACUGUCACCCCAUUUGACCUUCCUCUUUUCAGCUUCAAGUCCAGAAAGGGGCCUCAGCCUAUUUAUGAAUUCUUGACGUUACACUGUCAACGUGUUUUUUUUGUGUACAUAGUUUAAUCCUUCUUUGCUUUCCAGUUGUGGCUUUUGUUAUUUAACGCUGGAUAAAACGUAAUCACAUCUUGAGUAGCACAGUCUCUUAGCACAGGUGUUUGGCUUGUACAAUGCUUUUCUUUUCUUUUUUUCUAAUAAACAUCUAUCAGUACUCCA